AUGGCCCCUUCUCGAAGCUCUCGACGAGCGCGAUCGCAAUGGCCUCCAGCGCCCUGCGUUGAGGAAGAGCCCCAGUCCCUCUCGAAGGAGCUAAAUGGUCUCUCCAAGCUUGGAGAUAAACCGGGGGUCGACGGUGUACACACAAGAGGAGCUAUCGAUCAGUAUCCCAUCAUAGUCUUCGCCAACUCACCCCCGCCGCCGUCUACCUCUCCCGCCAGUGUUCCCAGUGUGCCUGGACUCGGGAGUGUGUCUUCAGAUGAAAGUUCAGGACCAAUGACACCGCCUCCUCAAGAGCCAAUCUUGCGAAACACCGUCAGGUUUGACACGGACGAGAGGCCAAAAUGCGCGCCGCCCCUGACAGCAAGCCAACCACGUGGCCCACCAUCUCGGCCUCUGGUCCAGCAGCAGCCCAUCCAUGAGCUUAAUACCCAACGGGAACCCCAACCGCCAUCUCAUGGCCGGGAUGGCAACUCCAGCAGACAUAUGCCACCAGCACAAAAUACGUCUGGCUCUCGUGGACCGACUGCGCCGGAUCGCAGUGGUACUCGAGCUCCCAUGCAUGACAGGGGCUGUCUACAACCACCCAAGACUUCCAUUAGUCGAUCCAACAGUGCGAGACAUGCGCCUUCGAAAUCACGACCAAUGCAAGAACGCUUUCGACGCGAGCCUAGCUCGGGGUAUUUGUCCGACUCGACCACGGCCACCACAUACAACAGACCACUCUCAAACCUGCCCCAGGCGCCUGUGUCCACAGCCCCUGUAUCAGCUUUGCCAAGUGGACCCACCCUCGCAGAACGAAUUGAGGAGAAACUUCGUCAGCGACAAGAACAGCGGGACCCGGGAUCUAUGUCGGACCCGGAGGUACGGCAAAUGCCCACAAAUGCGAAGCCUGUUAAACUGAAUUCUCUCAACGUCUCUCUGCCCCCUCCGGCUCCUGCUCCUGCUACUGCUCCUGCUCCUGCUCCUGCUUCAGCAUCGCACUCACCUUCUCGUGGGCUUCAGCGUGUCCCGACCCAACGAACACAACAGGAAGUGCUCCCAGCCUCACGUGCCCGGGCAACAUCUGUGACAAUGUCGCCUACCCGGUCGAUGUCUGGAUCUCGCCAUCCCUCACGGCCAGCACCCGAGAUGACCAAGCCUACAUCAACCCAAGUGGCAACCCAACUCAACCCCGACAGGUCACUGGCUCAUCCCGCACCCACUCGGCCCCCAGGUACAUCACCACAGCGCCCCAACUCAGUCGGCCUGGGUCUUUCUCCAUGCCCGCGAACCAUCGCGGUAGCAGGCUUCCAAGAUUGGUAUACGCUCAAAGGCCUCACCCACCUGGACAUAUGUCCAUCCUGCAUGAGCCAAAUCGCACACUCCCGCUAUCGCGACUACUUCAUCCCAAGCCUCUCAAAGCCAGCCGGGCAAAAGACGCGAUGCGCCUUCGCCAACGCAUGGACCCGUCUCGCCUGGGCCCAGAUGAUAAAAAAGCAACACGACAGCCUAGAGCUCCUGUACCAGAUGACACGUCCACCACCCGGCACACGCGCCUGUCCCGGCCGCAUCGUCGCCGACCAAUCCUGGUACCGCAUCUACGACCCCGAGACCGGCAGUGACCUCCCAGGCUUCCACGUCUGCAGCAGUUGCGCGCGCAAUAUCCGCAUCUUAAUGCCCAGCCACCGUGAGACCUUCCAACUAAACCCGGACCCCACCGAGCGUGUGUGCGAUUUCGUCACGUCGAGUCCGCGGUUUGUGAAAUUCAUCGAUCUCCUCGAUGCAUCUGCAUCCCGUGCUGAGUCAGACUCCUCGCGCACCCGCCGCCCGGAUACGCGCGAGUUCCUCAGCUACGCGCGGCGCAAGGUCGUGCUCCGUGAUUGUCGCCGUGAUAGACCUGCUCUUAGCACGUGGCACUUUAUACCCUCGCUGCCGGAGAUGUGCGUCUGUGAAGACUGCUAUGAUGAGGUUGUUUGGCCGCUGGCGAGAUCGAAUCAUCCCAUUGCAUGCAUGAUCACGAUGAAGAUGCGCAUCUUGCCUGGUGAUGGGCCUGGUCGGACUCGUGAGGCGAGCUGUCAGCUGUACUCGCCGCGUAUGCGGGCGAAGUUCCGGGAGGCCGUUGUUAGGGAUGAUUUUGGGUUGUUGAGGUCUGUUGCGCAGAGGAGGGUUGAGGCUGAGAGGCGGUUCCUUGAUCGUAGAGAGGAGUUGUUGGUUGCUCAGUCAAAGGGGUAUGAUUGUGACGAGGAGAUGAGGAAGGCUGUUGAUGAGUGGAGGAGAUGGGAGUGA